AUGGCUGGUCGCGGUAAGCAGGGUGAGCUGACAGAGUAUAAGAAGAGUCAGAUAAAGAGAGAUCUGGAGAUGGGGAUCGUGAUGACCGUCUUCAGACAGAGGAUGGAGAGACUGACUGUGCAGGUGAUUAUUGAGACCAGACAGGUGGCUUGGACUCGCACCGCCGACAAGACAGAUGGAGUCUUGGACCUGGCUGAAAUCCGGGAAGUGCGGCCGGGGAAGAACUCAAAGGACUUUGAGCGGUUUAAAGACAGCAAAGACAAGCACGCAGACAACACCUGCUUCACCAUCUUCUACGGGUCUCAGUUUGUUCUGAACACUUUGAGUCUGGGAGCUGACUCACCUGAGGAUGCAGAGAAAUGGCUCACAGGGUUGGAUUUACUCAGGAAGGAAACAUUGGAGGCCCAUACACCAGCCAUUGUAGAGAGUUGGCAGCGAAAACAGAUGUAUUCCAUUGAUCAGACGAAGAAGAACAGUAUCACACUGAAAGAGCUGAAAUCUUUGCUGCCUCCAAUCAACUUCAAAGUUCCCAGCACUCGUUUCCUGAAGGACAAGUUUACGGAGAUCGGAGCCAAAAAAGAUGUCCUUGAUUUUGAGCAGUUUCAUAAGUUCUACAAUUAUUUGAUAUUUGAUAACCAGAAAAUGAUUCUGGACGAGUUUAAAAAGGAGUCAUGUGAAUUCAUCAUGGGAAACACGGACAAACCUGAUUCCUCUGUUGUUCACCUUUAUGAUUUUCAAAGAUUCCUGCUCUACCAGCAGAAGGAGACAUGGGCCAAUAAUGUGAACCAGGUGAGGGAGUUGAUGACCAUCUUUAUUGAUGACACAAUGAGGAGAACAAAUGACCCUGAGUUCACAGUGGGUGAGUUCCUCAGUUUUCUGUUUUCGAAAGAGAACUCGAUUUGGGAUGAAAAAUACUCAGAGAUCUGCAGUCUGGACAUGAACAACCCCCUGUCUCAUUACUGGAUCAACUCUUCACACAACACUUAUUUGACUGGUGACCAGUUACGCAGUGAAUCCUCCACAGAAGCCUAUGUGAGAUGCCUCAGACUGGGCUGUCGCUGCAUUGAACUGGACUGCUGGGAUGGUCCAGGGGAGCCAAUCAUAUACCAUGGAUGGACCCGGACCACUAAAAUCAAGUUUAAAGAUGUCGUCAAGGCCAUUAAUGAUCACGCCUUUGUCACAUCUGAGUACCCUGUGGUGCUGUCCAUUGAGGAGCACUGUUGUGUAGACCAGCAGAGGCAGAUGGCGAGAAUCUUUAAAGACGUCUUCCAGGACAAGCUGCUGACGGAGCCCGUGGAGCUGAUCGCUGAACAGCUCCCGUCUCCCACUCAGCUCAAGGGCAAGAUCAUCCUCAAGCACAAGAAGCUGAAUAUGGAUUUGAAUAUGGAGAACAGGAGAGAUGUGCGUAAGGGGGAGAAACAGGGAGAACUUUACAUCUGGGAUCCGAUUGACGAGGUGCUUAGAGACCUUCUAGGAGAGUGA